AUGUCGUCGCCGUCGGACCGCAGACAACGAAAUUCGCAGUCGGCGACUCCUCGUCGCUCUGCACGUCAGUCCUCUGCCAAUUUGCCGAGUGAUCCCCCACAGCGAGCUUCCAGCCCUAUUUUCUUCCAGUCCUCGUCGCCUGGCCACGGCGAUGCUCAGCGCGACCCCGGCGGCGAUGUCUCUUCUCCUCUGCGCCAGAUGUCAGACAGUCAAAGCACGCAUGCUGAUAAUGGCGUGAUUCCGAGCUCACCGCUCCGCCAGAUGAGCGACACACAGUCUGUGGUGGACGACCAGGCAACACCACGAGCUAGCCACACCCUCGGUGGAGAAUCAUCUCCCAUCAGAUACGAGCCGAGCUCCAGCCCCGGACGCUCGUUACAACACCAAUCUGAGCUGCGCAGUGAGGGCAGUGGCUUGUUCCUCAGCUCUGAUGCCGGGAGCAGUGGUUUGCGCAGGCGUGGUGACAUUAACUCUGACAUUCACCGCACCCCUCGUGUGGCACGUCGCAUUGUUCUCGAUGACAGUGGCCGCGUUGUUCGCGAGGGCCCCGCUGACGGCUCCGAUGCCCCUUCCUUCGCUAAUCGCGACACCAAUACUUCCGAAGCCGACAUCCUUGGCGGACAGAAUCAGAGCCUCAUUUGGGGAACCACGAUCUCCAUUGACGACACAUUCACAGCCUUCAAGGAGUUCCUGCGUAACUUCACUAAAAAAUAUCGCCUGUAUCGUGAUGGUCUCUCCGAUGCGGAGGUGCGCGCCGAUCCGGAAGCCGAGACCAAGCCCUACCAAGAAGCUCUCGAGAACAUGCUUCUUCUUGGCACUAUGCGACUUUACCUUGAUGUUUCCGACCUCAAUCUCUACCCUCCUACAAGAAAACUCUGGCAUCAGAUUCAGGCCUAUCCCCAAGAAAUUGUUCCCAUCAUGGAUCAGUCCGUGCACGAUUUGAUGGUUGAAAUUGCCCGCGCUGAGAGUUUGCGAAACCGACCAACACAAAGUAGCAAUGGCCAGGGCGAGUCUCAACAAAACAUACAGAGCUCAGAACCAAAUUUCCCAAGCUCUGACAGACUUGAUGAGCCCGCUACUCCCCGGCCGACGCAGGACGCUCAGCCCUCACUCGAAGACCAGGUCGCUGCUUCCAUCUACGUUGUUCGUCCCUUUGGCUUGGAUAAGACUACCAACUUGAGAGAACUCAACCCAUCCGACAUGGACCGCCUCAUCUCUAUCAAGGGAAUGGUUAUUCGCACUACCCCCGUCAUCCCCGAUAUGAAGGAUGCUUUCUUCCGAUGCAAUAUCUGUAAUCACUCCGUCAACGUCGGCCUUGACCGUGGCAAAAUUCGUGAACCCACUGAGUGUCCCCGCCCGAUCUGCGGCUCCAAGAACUCGAUGCAAAUCGUUCACAAUCGCUGCUCCUUUGAAGACAAGCAGGUCAUCAAGCUGCAGGAGACGCCAGAUGCGGUGCCUGCCGGUCAAACACCCCACUCGGUCUCUGUCUGCGUCUACAAUGAGUUGGUUGACUUUUGCAAGGCCGGUGACCGUGUUGAGCUCACGGGUAUUUUCCGUGUCAGCCCAGUUCGCGUAAAUCCCCGCCAGCGCGCUGUCAAGAGUGUGUACAAGACCUAUGUCGACGUCCUCCACGUGCAAAAAGUGGAUAAGAAACGUAUGGGUCUUGAUGCCUCGACCCUUGGCGUUGAGGGCGAGGAAGACGCCGAUAGAGGUGCCGAUCAACUUCAGGAGACGCGCACCAUCUCCCCAGAGAAUGAGCAGAAAAUCCGCGAGACUGCCGCAAGAGAAGAUAUUUAUGAUCUCCUCUCAAGGUCCCUGGCUCCAUCCGUCUACGAGUUGGACGAUGUCAAGAAAGGUAUUCUUCUUCAGCUCUUCGGUGGCACAAACAAGACGUUCGAAAAGGGUGGCAGUCCCAAAUACAGAGGCGACAUCAACGUUCUUCUCUGUGGUGACCCUUCCACUUCCAAGUCUCAAAUUCUCUCGUAUGUCCACAGGAUCGCCCCGCGUGGAGUCUUUACCAGUGGUAAAGGUUCUUCGGCUGUCGGUUUGACUGCGUACGUCACUCGCGACCCCGAAACCAGGCAGCUCGUCCUUGAAUCGGGUGCCCUUGUCCUGUCUGAUGGUGGUGUUUGCUGCAUUGACGAGUUCGACAAGAUGUCCGACGCCACCCGAUCCGUGCUUCACGAAGUGAUGGAGCAGCAGACUGUUUCCGUUGCCAAAGCUGGCAUCAUUACGACUCUCAAUGCCAGAACCAGCAUUCUCGCUUCUGCCAACCCCAUCGGCAGCAGAUACAACCCUGACAUGUCGGUGCCUCAAAAUAUUGACUUGCCGCCUACGCUUCUUUCUCGUUUUGAUCUCGUCUACCUGAUGCUAGAUCGUGUCGAUGAGAAGAUGGACCGACGAUUGGCCAAGCACUUGCUGUCUCUCUACAUUGAAGACAAGCCCCAGUCUGCCCCCUCCGCUGCGGACAUUCUUCCCGUCGAGUUUCUCACCAUGUACAUUUCCUACGCGCGCGCCAACAUCCAGCCCACCAUCUCUGAAGAGGCCGGCAAGGAGCUUGUGGAGUGCUACAUUGCCAUGCGUGCUCUUGGCCAGGAUGUGCGUGCGGCCGAGAAGCGCAUCACAGCCACCACCAGACAACUUGAGUCGAUGAUUCGCCUCGCUGAGGCCCAUGCCAAGAUGCGCUUGGCCGACGUUGUCACCCGCGCUGACGUGCAGGAAGCGAACCGUCUGAUCCAGAGCGCGCUCAAGACGGCGGCCACUGAUUCCCAGGGCCGCAUCGACAUGAGUCUUCUGACGGAGGGCACCAGCGCCGUCGACCGCAAGCGCAAGGCGGAGCUCAAGGAGGCCCUUCUUCGACUGCUUGACGAGAUGACAUCGUCAGGCAAUGCUGUUCGCUGGAGCGACGUCGCUCGCCGCCUAAGCGAGAAUGCGAGUGUGCCGGUCGAGCAGGCCGAGUUUACGGAAAGCAUGAGGGCACUGGAAGCGGAGAACUCCAUCUCCAUUACUGGUGACGGCGCCAGAAGAAGUGUGCGACGAGUCACUGCGGUGGUCUAA